GCGGGAUCAGGGCCCUGGCCCCAUUCAUUGCUGUGGACUGCGGGGCGGGGGGUCCGGUGUUUUCCGAGUCAUGGAGGCGCUAAUUCCUGUUAUCAACAAGCUCCAGGACGUCUUCAACACGGUGGGCGCCGACAUCAUCCAGUUGCCUCAGAUAGUCGUGGUGGGAACGCAGAGCAGUGGAAAGAGCUCAGUGCUAGAAAGCCUCGUCGGGAGGGACCUGCUUCCCAGAGGCACUGGCAUAGUUACCCGGAGACCCCUCAUUCUGCAGCUCGUCCAUGUUUCACCUGAAGAUAAACGAAAAACAACAGGAGAAGAAAAUGACCCUGCCACAUGGAAAAACUCAAGACACCUUUCUAAAGGGGUUGAAGCAGAGGAGUGGGGUAAAUUUCUUCACACCAAGAAUAAGCUUUACACAGAUUUUGAUGAAAUUCGACAAGAAAUUGAGAAUGAAACAGAAAGAAUUUCAGGAAAUAAUAAGGGAGUAAGCCCUGAACCAAUUCAUCUUAAGAUUUUUUCACCCAAUGUUGUCAAUCUGACACUUGUGGAUUUGCCAGGAAUGACCAAGGUGCCUGUAGGUGAUCAACCUAAAGAUAUUGAGCUUCAGAUCAGAGAGCUCAUUCUUCGGUUCAUCAGUAAUCCAAAUUCCAUUAUCCUUGCUGUCACUGCUGCUAAUACAGAUAUGGCAACAUCAGAGGCACUUAAAAUUUCAAGAGAGGUAGAUCCAGAUGGUCGCAGAACUCUCGCUGUAAUCACUAAAUUGGAUCUCAUGGAUGCGGGUACCGAUGCCAUGGAUGUGUUAAUGGGAAGGGUUAUCCCCGUCAAACUUGGAAUCAUUGGGGUAGUCAACAGGAGCCAGCUAGAUAUUAACAAUAAGAAAAGUGUAACUGAUUCAAUCCGUGAUGAAUAUGCUUUCCUUCAAAAGAAAUACCCAUCUUUGGCUAACCGAAAUGGAACAAAAUAUCUUGCUAGGACUCUAAACAGGUUACUGAUGCAUCACAUCAGAGACUGCUUACCAGAGUUGAAGACAAGAAUAAAUGUUCUAGCUGCUCAGUAUCAGUCUCUUCUAAAUAGCUAUGGUGAACCUGUGGAUGAUAAAAGUGCUACUUUACUCCAGCUUAUUACCAAAUUUGCCACAGAAUAUUGUAACACUAUUGAAGGAACUGCAAAAUACAUUGAAACUUCAGAACUAUGCGGUGGUGCUAGAAUCUGUUACAUUUUCCAUGAGACUUUUGGAAGAACCUUAGAAUCUGUUGACCCCCUAGGUGGCCUUAACACUAUUGACAUAUUGACUGCCAUUAGAAAUGCUACUGGUCCUCGUCCAGCUUUGUUUGUGCCUGAAGUUUCCUUUGAGUUACUGGUCAAGCGGCAGAUCAAACGUCUAGAAGAGCCCAGCCUCCGUUGUGUCGAGCUGGUUCAUGAGGAAAUGCAAAGGAUCAUUCAGCACUGUAGCAAUUACAGUACACAGGAGCUAUUGCGGUUUCCUAAACUUCAUGAUGCUAUAGUUGAAGUAGUGACUUGUCUUCUUCGUAAACGGUUGCCAGUUACAAAUGAAAUGGUCCAUAACUUAGUGGCAAUUGAACUGGCUUACAUCAACACAAAACAUCCAGACUUUGCUGAUGCUUGUGGGCUAAUGAACAAUAAUAUAGAGGAACAAAGGAGAAAUAGGCUAGCAAGAGAAUUACCUUCAGCUGUAUCACGAGACAAGUCUUCUAAAGUUCCAAGUGCUUUGGCACCUGCCUCCCAGGAGCCCUCCCCUGCUGCUUCUGCUGAGGCUGAUGGCAAGUUAAUUCAGGACAGCAGAAGAGAAACUAAAAAUGUUGCAUCUGGAGGUGGUGGGGUUGGAGAUGCUGUUCAAGAACCAACAACAGGCAACUGGAGAGGAAUGCUGAAAACUUCAAAAGCAGAAGAGUUAUUAGCCGAGGAAAAGUCAAAACCAAUCCCAAUUAUGCCAGCCAGCCCACAAAAAGGCCACGCUGUGAAUCUACUGGAUGUGCCAGUUCCUGUUGCACGAAAACUAUCUGCCCGUGAGCAGCGAGAUUGUGAGGUUAUUGAACGACUCAUCAAAUCAUAUUUUCUUAUUGUCAGAAAGAAUAUUCAAGACAGUGUGCCAAAGGCAGUAAUGCAUUUUUUGGUUAAUCACGUCAAAGACACUCUUCAGAGUGAGUUAGUAGGACAACUGUAUAAGUCAUCCUUGUUGGACGACCUUCUGACUGAAUCUGAGGACAUGGCACAGCGCAGGAAAGAAGCAGCUGAUAUGCUAAAGGCAUUACAAGGCGCAGGUCAAAUUAUUGCUGAAAUCCGAGAGACUCAUCUUUGGUGAAGAGAACUACGUAACACCAAGACUUUGUUGAGUUGAAAGUUGCUAGUUACUGCCUACUUGAGUAGAUUUUUAUUUAUGAACUCCUGUGUAUUCCAAUGGUAUGAAUCUGCUCACAUGAAGACUGGCUAUAAACUGAAAACUGUACUGUGUAUUACAGAAUGAAUUACACAUUUAAUCCAAAUAAUAAAUGGCCAUUUCUAAAGUUUUCCAGUAUAUAUAAAAUAUAUCAAGUCUGUCUUAUGACAGUUCUGUUUGAACUUAAAAAGAAAUGUUAGUGUUCUUGUUGUACAAGCAGUCUGCCUGUGGAUGAGAUGACCUGUGUGACCUGUUAGUCUUCGAGCUGCUGCUAUAGUCCUUCGAGAAGAACGCACCGAGACACUUCAUACAGCUGUACUGCAUGCACUGGGUAAACUGGCCUGGCUUUGAAAGAUUGGGGUCAACGAGUUACUCACAUAAUCACUAUAUUCCACCUGUCCUUGGAUUUAGUUUUGUCUCUGCAAACUUUGAUGUGUUAGUAAGAAAGCUGGAUACACAAGAGGAUCUGUAACUAUGACAAUGAUGCAGUGUGCACACUGUGUAGCUACACAGCCCUACCACGCCUGGGUCCACAUUACCCCAGUGCAUUAAAACAUAUUUGAUUCUUAAACCUGAAGGCAUGAAUUACAUUUUUCUGUAUUAAAAAUAAUCAUCUAGACUUGAUCAUCUAGUAAUACUUGGUGAUGACUAGUUCCUUUGGUUUUUAGAGAUUCUAAGAGAAAUUCCCCUUGGUUUUCAAGUGUAGUAGUAGUUCAGGAACAUCUUUGAAUUUUGGAGCACUCACACCAUGCUCCAAGAUUCACUUGGAGGUGGGACUUACACUUCUAUUAACUGUAUCUUUUCUCUUUUACAUAUUAGUUGGUAAUAGUUCCUUUUGCUUCACACCAGUAAAAUACAUUAGACUAGAGAUGUGAAGUUAUGGUGGAGCCUUAAUUUAACAAAAAGUCAUACAGGCACACACUCCUAAUGGCUUAUAGACUACUAAAUUGCAUUCUGGGGUUUGGGGCCGAGGUUUAGAACAAUAUAUAUUCAAUUAAAAUUCCUCAGGUGAUUCUUGAUAUAUGUUACAAAUUUUAAGAUAAGGGUCAAAAUCCUUAAGGAAUCUAGUUCUGUCACUAGCCAGUAACAUUAAGUAAACUGUAUACUGCAGAUACUAAAUUUUCUUUUUAAGUUACAUCAAUUACUGGCAAUAUGAAUAUUGGCAAUGAAUAUUGGAAUAUUACUGGCAAAGACUACUGGCAAUAUGAAUAUACCUGUUAACUUUAGGUUAUGGUACCCAUGUACUAAGGAACAACAGGCUUACCAACUGAUCUCAAACAUAAAAAACUGGAUUCAGUCUGAUAUGACACGGUACUCUGAAUUGGUUAGUAAGUAGCACACUUUGCCAUCAUUAAAUGUCAACUUUGAAAUUAUAGCCACCCAUGAUUUACUUAUUUUAAACAGAUCAGAUGACUACUAUUUUAGCCUUUUGAAUUUAUAGGGGGGAAAAUGCACCCUUUAAUGCACCUUUCUCCAACAUAUCAAAUAGAUUUCCAAUCAAAUGUUACCUUUAAAGAUAAUGUACUUUCUGGCACUACAUACCCUGUACAAAGAAAAACGGGCAAGAAAGGUAUGGAAAGAAUACCUUUCUUGGCCCUUCAACUGAGUGAAGUUCUGAAAUGUGGAGAUGAUCUAUGACAUUUAAAAUGGAUACUUGUAUGUUCUUGCUGUGUAAAUAAAAUCGCUGGUAUGAAAUGACAUUAAAGUUGAUCAGUAAAUGAAUUCUUC